AACGUAUCCCCAAGAUUUUCUACCUGUGCACUGUGCAGAUCGGUUCGGGCUGAUGUGAUAUGAAGGAGGACGAAAUUGUCACCCUUGCUAAAAAUGCUGCAUUAGCCUGUAGCGCGCCAGUCGUUGAACUCUUCGCCAAGCCGUUACAAUCCUCUCUCUUCAACCUGAACAAAACCCCAAUAUAACCAGAACCAGAAAUACAAAAGACGACACAACAAUGUCUCUCGCCACCUAUCACCACCACCUCUUCACUAACUCGCCGCCUCGCAUCACCCUUCUCUUCAGCAGCAGCAGCAGCAGCCUCUCAUUCAGAAACCUCAGUCUUUCUCGCCACGUCACUACAUCCUUACAUUCCAGUAAUUUCCACUUCAAACCCCAAACUCCCAGAAAUUCUUUCAGUUUUACAGUCAAAGCUUACCAAUCAGACCCCACUAUCCGAACCCAAGUUUCUAAUCAAUUCAAUCUCGAUCAAUUUCUCUCGAUUGCCGAACUACUCUGCAUCAUUUCAUCGUCAAUUAUCACAAUCAGUUACGCAUUGAACUGUACCUUUUCGAAAACGGGAGCGUUGGGGGUCAUAGGCAGCAACACGGGAUUUGCGUGGGGAAUGGUGGUGAUGAUGAGUGGAGUUGUAAUUGGUGCGUGGAUAAGGAGGCGGCAGUGGUGGCGGAUUUGUAGGGAGACAGGUAGGGAAGGGAGUUUGAAUUUGGUGGGGAGGAUUGAGAAACUGGAACAGGAUAUGAGGAGUUCUGCGACCAUUAUUAGGGUUUUGUCUAGGCAGCUUGAGAAGUUGGGGAUUCGGUUUCGGGUUACUAGGAAAGCUUUGAAAGAGCCCAUUGUUAAGACUGCAGCUUUGGCUCAAAAGAAUUCUGAGGCCACUCGAGCAUUAGCAUUGCAAGAAAAUAUUCUGGAAAAGGAGCUUGGUGAAACGCAGAAGAUUUUGUUGGCAAUGCAGGAGCAGCAACAAAAGCAACUGGAGCUAAUUCUUGCUAUUGGAAAGAGUGGGAAGUCAUGGGAUAACAGGCGGGAACGUGUCCAAGAACAAGAAUUGAUUAAAACAUCUGAUUUAACUGAGGGGGUGAACCAAUUGGAAUCCCAUGAAACUCAACCUUCAGUUACAAGCAAGAGAAGCAACAAUAACAGACCAUAAAAAAUAGUAGUAAAUACUCACCACCAGAUUUUUCUGUUUUUCUCACUGCACAAGGUUCUGUACUCUCCUCCAAAUGUCACGAUAACUAGACUGUUGGCCACCUAGGACAAGAUCCUUAGUUUCUUGAUCUGGAUCUGCUACCUCGGCAGUGUGAAGGAAAAUGAAAAAAGGACUAAUAAAUCUUUAUACAAGUUAGACGCAAACUGUUCUUUCUUGGUGCUCAUACCUGUGUAAUUUCUAAGUUGUAUUUUGUAUUCAAUUUUCUUAUUUGGUAAUAAGAAUUUCAUGAGUAUUCUUAUC